AUGUUGUCAUCUUCUACGAAAUCUUGGAUAGUCGUUUGUGUCAGUGAUACGCAUCAAAAGCAUCGCCAACUCACCGAUCGAUUAAAAACUACUCAUUCCGGUGAUAUUCUUAUUCAUGCUGGUGAUAUGACAAACUUUAGUCGUGGUGCUCAACCAUUUGAAGAUUUUGAUCAAUGGUUAAAAGAACUUCCAUUUCGUUAUAAAUUAGUUGUUGGUGGAAAUCAUGAAACUAUUACAAACGUAGAUCUUAACUAUGGAACCGUGUUGAAAAACAAAGAGAUCAUUAUUGAUAACUGUCUUCGAAUCUAUGGUGUACCAUGGCGCCCCGUAGGUGACUCAUCUUGGUCAGAUAUUCCAUUAAAGUCUCAUGUUGUUAUCACUCAUAAUCCACCCUAUGCACAUAACGAUUCACAUCCUGAUUUAGAAUUUAAUUUAAAAUCAAGAUUAGAUAAAGUCAGACCUCUACUGUCAGUUUUCGGUCACAUUCAUGCUGAUUAUGGGGUAUAUCAGCAAGAAGCUGGAGUUCUACUUGUCAAUGCAGCAUCUUCACCUAUGUCUCCAUCUCAACCGUUGAAUGAUCCGUUGAAAUUCAAAAUAUCGAUUGAUGAGAAUGGAGUAGGAACUAUUGAACAUCUCGUCUAA